UCCUGACGUACACGCCAAUAGCGUAGGGUCCACCAUAGGAGGUGGGACACUCAAAUAGCUACACACUUCUGCCGCCAUCUUCUUCUCUGCCACCGUGAGAUCCACUGCACCUGCCUUAGAUUUGUUCGGAGGAAAGGGAAGAGAAAAUCAAAAUCACAUUUUUUAUCACAAAAAUUUCAGAUCAAAUAGAAAAGGGAUUGAUUUGAAGAAGAAGAAGAAGAAGAAGAAGUUUUAUUAUGGCAAAAGCUGAAAGGUUCGUGGAAGCGGAUAAUGCAGAAGCUAUUAUUACCAGAAUUGAACACAAAUCCCGCAAGAUCGAAAGCUUACUCAAGCAGUAUAAACCUGUGGAAGCACUUAAAACUGCUCUGGAAGGCACGUAUGCCAUGACUGGUGAUGAGCGUUGCAAGUCAGCACACUGGAUUGUGGUACAUAGGGCUAUAAUGGCUAUAAAGGAUGUGGAUGGGAUGCUUUCUUCAUUGGAUCCUGAGUACUAUGAUAUACUAAUGAAGUACUUAUAUAGAGGCUUAGCUACCGGAGAUCGUCCCACAUGUGACCAAUGUCUCCGGAUUCAUGAAAAGUUGACAGAGAAAGCAGGACUCGGUUGCAUUCUACGCUUCCUAACUGAUACUGUAAAUACUGUUUGAUCUCUGGACUAUCUUUUUCUUUCUUUUUUUUUUUUUUGUUUCGAGUUCCCUUGUAUGCAUUUGCAAGACCACAGAAUCAAUGUAGUGCAAUAUAUUGAUGUUGAAUUUUAGACUUAUUUGAAAUGUUUGCCCUGCUA